GUUUGUCCCUUCACCUUCACCAACGGAUCAGCAUGGCAUAUGAAGCAUUUCCAUCUGAUGCUGUGGAAGCCUUUAAUGAUCCUGGGAUCUACUAUGUUCAUGAGAAUGGCAAACUGAGAAGUCCACCAGGACUUGGACAUUCCUCGCAUACUACAGCCUUCUCCGAAUCUGGACUACCCAAACUUUCCCCCUUUGACAUUGGGGAGAGUACUUCCGACAGAGGCACAUGCUUCGUCCCUCGUUCCUUGUUCCAGCAGACAAUAAAUUUUGUGGCAAGAAAUCUCUGGAGAGUGGAGUCUUUGGUGGGCUUUCCAGACAUCGUUGGGAAACAGCUCUUCGAUGCGGCCCAGUCUCAGGGUAUAUUCACCAACAAGCAGCUAAGGCUGACCAGUCUGAGGCUGUUUGUAGAGGCCUAUGACAUUGAGAUCUUGUCUAGCCUGAACCUUAAAAGAAAACACGUAACACUGAAGGAUUAUGCUGGUGAAAUCAUGCUCUUCUCUGGUCUCCAGGAGCUUGAACUUGGAGGAUGCAGCUUGGGUGAAGAACAUGAGAUGUGGUCUCACAUCGGUAGCAUGCCAUGCCUUCAGAAACUUGGACUAGGAAGAACUGGUCUGAGUGAUGGAGUUAUGCAGAAACUGACCACACCCCUCAGACUAAUGGGUAGAGGACCAAAAGGGCUAAAGGUCCUAGACAUGUCAGGGAAUGCAGAGAUAACAGAACGCAGUAUUCGAUUCCUGAAGGCAUUUCAUUAUCUAGAGGCAUUAGACAUCACCAGCUGCUGUUUUUCAACACAUGGAUUGAAGCAGCUGCACAAUGAAAUGUGUCUCAGACAACUGGAGGAUGACGAAAUAGAUGAGGGAUUGGAUGUAUUCUGUAAAUCGGCAGAGAACAUUGGCUGGGCCUCUAUUUUGGUUGAAGAUUGGAUGAGUGAGAACAGGGUCGCUACUAAACAGAUUCUCCCUCAAGGAUGCCCCAAGGCUAGAAAGUUCUAUUCCUCUAGUAGCAACCAACUCGGAUUCAUGGACAUCAGUGUCAAAACCACCAUACCAGUCUCUACCUCGUCUCAGACUUAUAUCAGACUGGUGAGAGAUACUACAAACAGAGACGGAGUAUCCACAAGUGAAGUGAAAAAUUCAUUUCAGACUGGUGAAAGAGAACAGAGAACAGGAAUGAAAGACAAUGGACAUACACAUACCAAGGCUCUUGCAUCAAAGAGGUUUACUCAGGCAUUGCAAAGCACACAAGAAGCAGAAACGACGGUUGACAAAAGUGAAAUGUCAGGCCAUUGUGUGCUACAUAAUUCAAAUCAAGGACCACAAAAUUUUUCUUCAUUAAAAGAAGUAGAAAAUUUAUGUCCUGGAAGAUCAAAGCUAGGGUUAAAGGUCAAACUUAGAAGGAAAAGAAAAAGGUGUCCAAGUGAUGAUGAAGCAAGAAGGGACAAUGUGCAACAUGCCUUGGAAGAUGAUGAUAGAGAUCUGAUGAAUAGCUACCUCAAUAUAAGGACCGAUGGAGACAUGGAUCUAGAUAAGACAGGAGAUAGAUCAAAGCUGAUGAAAGCAAUGGAUUCUUUACACUGGUAAUCACAAAGCCAUGAUUAUAGAGAUUCAAUACAUAUAGCUGGCUUGAGAUAAGGACAUAUAGAGAUGCAGAUCUAGAUAAGACAGGUGAUAGAGCAAAGCUAAUGAGAGCAAUCGAUAGUUCACACUAGUAGUCAAGUAGCUGUGACGAUAGAGAUUUGAUGAAUAGCUACUUCAAGAUAAGGACUGAUGGAGACAUGGAUGUGGAUUAGACAGGAGAUAGAUGAAAGCUGAUUAGAGCAAUGAAUUCUUCACACUGGUAUUGGAACAGCCAUGAUUAUAGAGAUUUGAUACAGAAGGAGUGUCGUGGCCGAGUGGUUUAAGGCGCUUGACUGGAGAUGCGGAGGUCGAGGGUUCAAAUCCUGACACGGCACUAUAAUAUCCUUUAACGCGAUAUUAACCUGCAGGUUUUAAAUUGGUACCUGGUAGGAUGCGACCGUUGGUCAAACAGUUUUUGAGCGU